UACCGGAUCGGGCAGCUGUACAUGAUUAGCAAACACAGCCAUGAGCAGAGCGACCGAGGGGAAGGAGUGGAGGUGGUCCAGAACGAACCCUUUGAAGACCCAGUUCACGGCCAAGGACAGUUCACGGAGAAACGAGUCUACCUCAACAGUAAACUACCCAGCUGGGCCCGAGCAGUGGUUCCUAAAAUCUUCUACGUCACAGAGAAAGCCUGGAACUACUACCCUUACACCAUAACGGAAUAUACAUGCUCRUUCCUGCCCAAGUUCUCCAUCCACAUAGAGACAAAAUACGAGGACAACAAAGGAAGCAACGACAACAUCUUUGAAACCGAGCUGAAGGACCAGGAGAGGGAGGUUUGCUUCGUCGACAUCGCCUACGAUGAAAUCCCUGAGCGCUACUACAAAGAGUCCGAGCUAACACUUUACCCAGUAGCUACAUCGCUAACCUCGCCACAGCUUAUCAGUGCCAACAUGACAAUGGAUGAGGUGAGAGAGUUUGAGCGAACCAUCCAGGAGGCCACCAACCAGAAGAUUGGGGUAUUUCCCCCAUCAAUCUCCAUAAGCGAGACCCCCUUGUCCUCCUGCGCCCUAACCGGUCCUGCCAGUGCCCCCUCAACCCCGAUGUGCACGGAUGCACCCGAAUCCCUCUCUGUCCCCAAAGACCGGCCUCGUAAAAAGUCCGCCCCCGAAACACUGACCCUACCUGAGCCCGUCCCCAGCGAAGCUGCAGAAAGCUCGACCCUGAACCAGUUACCCGUUUCCAACCAUCUCCAGUCAUCCACACCGCCUUCCGACUGCGACCCUGCUGAAAUGGGCGAGCAGUAGAACAGCCUCCGUUGUAUACUUCUUCUUCUUCUUUACCCGUUGUCUUAUGAGCCCAAUGAGGGUACCCUUGCCUCCAAGCACCAGUGCCCUGACUUUCAACUUGUUUAGCCAUAUCCGAUGAUCGACCAUAAUCUUUACCGCAUACCAAUCCCUCUAUCGGUCUUCAUUAGCGUCAUUGAUGCCAUCCAGGCAGCUGCGGGCCCGGUCACUCUGGUGUGGCCGAGCGUAAAGUCAAGCGAGCCAGAUGUCAGAUCUUUUCUAAUGAAUGCAUAUAAUGUUUAUCGAAAGCAAAGAUUAUUUUUGUUGAGUGGCAGUUCUUUUUGUAAAUAAAUCCUUUGCAUUGUUUCUGUAGUUAUGUUUUCUUCAAUCAGACUAUCUGGCCACGAAUUAUUGCAUUUUGAAGUAGUUGCCUUGACACCACAGAGCCAGUGGAGAUUCAGCUUCGAUAGUGUUCAGAGUAAUCUUACCCGUUACUAAUCUGCAUAGUCGACGGCAUGAUAACGAUCGAUUUGACGAUUCAAACUGGAACAGCACAGUAGAAGUAGAACAGAACGCCGGAGAGGCAAUCAAGUACUUUGACGGUAGAUCCGUUGAAGUGUUUCCGUAGCCUGGCGUGUGGAUCGCACUGCACUCGUCGUUUCCUCUCUAAACUCUUUUUAAAAAAUGCAAAAUCUGUACAAUCACGAAGAGAAUGCACCUCAGGUCUCCCCAAACUUACCCGGUUCGCACUCCAAAGGCAGGGACGCUGUUGUACGUAACUCUCCCCGCUUAUUUGCCAAACCAUUUUAUACUUCCAGAGAUGUUAUAAUACAAAAAUAUAUGUAAAAAACCAACAAAAAAAACAGCCUACUUAAACCUGGGAAUGUUUACACAUCUUAGACCUUUUAAAUGAAACCGUCACUUUGUCUGCAGUUGGAAGUAGGCGGUUUGACGCUUGCAAAGUUUAAUUUGUUCAUCCUCUGUAUCUGAAGAYGAUUAAGAGGUCGUUAUCAGCAGAAGUACAUUGAUUGCAUUUACAAAGUCAGAUGUUGCCUGAAACUAGUGAUGGAUAGCUCAUGUGUCAUAAAUGUGAUGCAGUCGGUAAAAUCACUUUUGUCACAUGUUGGGGGAACAAAACACCAUUUUAGGACAGCUUUUAGUCACCGACUGACCCUCGCGCACAGCGAAGGUGAUGAAAAGUCGGAGCUAAAUUUGAAAAGACAGGCACAUGUGUCAAGCUGACUUGUGUAUGUGCUUCAUUAGGCGCACAGCGUGUGAAGAUCGAACUUGCCAGUCCAGAUUGGUAAAAGAAAGGCAGAGCUUUAAGACGAAGCGAAAACAUCAUUUGCAGACACCAGUCAUUUAUUUUAUCUGUGUAUUAAUGGACGUCUGUCGAAGAACCAGUAGAUUUUAGUACGCCGAUCAAUAUACUCUUUGUUUUCCAGACAAUAUUAUUCAAAGACGGGGUUUUAUAAUGCUGCAUGGAAUGUUCACAACUUGUAUACAAAAUAUAUGACGUGUGAUUAUACUGUGUAUGAAUGGAUUGUUGCAGUAUAAGUAAUGUAACUCAUGAAGAAAAAAACGAUGCUUCCAUUGGAAGUCUGAAGUAAUUUUGUACAGUAGAAAAUCAGAUUUCGACUGAAAUGUAAGCAUGUUCAGAGUAUUUACUGUAGGCCUAUGAACUCUUUGAACUCAGUGCCUCUGCAUGCUACAAUUUUAUCAUCACCUACCUGCGUGCACAUCCAAAUUUUAUUAGUUCAGCUACAGAAAUCCAAAAUUUCAUGACUUUUUAUUACAUGUACAACUCUGAUGACUUACAAAGACUCUGUGGGCAUGAAUUCCUUUCAUGGAUUUAAUUGUUUAAGUACGUGGUUAGAAGCAUAUUGUCUAAAGUGGAAAGUACCAUUACAUCAUGCUAAAAAAAUGCAGUGUCAGCACAUUUCACCAGCAAGUAAAUGGACAGGUCUCCACUUGGUCUAUAAAUCUUGAUUAUAAGGCCAGGAAUUUGGCAUUAUUGUUUACGUUAUCCAAUAUUUGAGGAUAUUACAACCUGCUUGUCGGAUAUGAUUCUGAUAUAUGAUUCUUUGCUGUUCAGACUGAAAACUUUCCCCAUGAGAUUACUUGGGUUUUGGUUUUUCACUUCUACCAUCUUCAAUUUUUAUUACAAAGGUUUACCUUCUGAGUUUGCUCUCAUUUCACUUUUACAUUGAUAUACGAGUUUGUCACCUGCAAAAAGUUUGAAACACUUUGAAAAGUUUUUAGGCAAUAAUUUUCCUGCGAUAUCAGACGGUGGAGAAGUUAUCCCCAUUCUAUCAAUGGCUGUACGUCUAUAGUUUAGCUUUAUAAAUCCACGGUUGUGCUAUUUUUUUUUUUUAUCAUUGAAGUGUCCUAAUUUCAACGAGGUAAAAAGUUUUGGGUAAACAAGUCCUGAAUUGUAAAGACAUUCAUGCGUAUGAGGAGUCUGUCUGAAGUCACCAGAGUUUUUGCAUUGCAUUCCCUACACUGUAGUCUGGUAAUCAUUUGCAGUUCAACCUUAUGUUACAAAAAUAAUUUUUUUAAGGUCUUGUUGCGCUUUUUUGUUUUUAUCUUAUUUUUUCUUUUUUUUACAAUCUCUGCUCUUUUUUUCCAAUAGACCCUCCUUCAGUUUUAAGUAAGACCGUUCCAACAAACUUCAAAGUAUUGCCACUGCAAGAAGAUGCAGACGGGUGUAACUCGGACAUAUCAAACYACACCACCAGAUUCUCAAGCGACAGGGCUAACAUACUGUGCUUUUCAUUCAAUCACUGACGCUGGCGUAGAAUUCUCAGUCAUCCAGGACAUGACGAUCCUAAGUGCUUGAGUAGAAGGCAACUGAACUUCUGUCGUUUCUUGUCCCAGUUCACACCAUGGGACAUGUGACCAAAACACGUGUCUUAACGGCCCCGUUGUCUUUAAUUGUCCGGUUAGUGUGAUUGUUCUAUGAUCCAUAAGCCUGUUACUUCCAACCAUGUUGAGAAUUGAAGAGGCCCCUCUGAAUGAGUGACGAAACGUCUUCACGAAACGAGAGAAGUCCAGUUCUGCUCAAGCGCGUAGGAUUCGAUCGCUGACAUUACUCAGAUGCAUCCUGCACUUUCCAGUCUUUGACACCUCAAUUGACAAUGAAGGAAUGUGUUUAUUACCGUGUUGUGGGUUCGGUGGACCAAAAAUCCGCUCAUACGGCACAGCAACUUUGAAGAGACAGGCUUGAAGAGAAGAUAUUCAGUGGUCUUACCAUAGUAUUUUGUCGUUAAUUUGUGUAGAUUUUCAUUUAGAUGGAGAGAGAGAAAAAAAAUAGAUGAAACUGUAGCUAUUUAUUUGUAACCGUAGCUUUUGUUGUUGCCUUUUAAGGAUAAACAAAUCUACAUACCAGUCAUUGGCCGUCUGUUUAGAUCUAUUUUGUGUAGAUUAUAGAUGCUUACUAGUCUGGUAUCGACCACCUCUCUUGUCAGGUAAACAUCGAUCCAGGGACAUGUUUGAUCCACCUUGGGCUAUUAAAAUAAUGCAAAGUGUAUGUGGAACGUUAAUCUCUGCUCUGUUUAAAAGAGUAACCCGAUAGCUCUUGUAAAUACGGCUGUUAAUGAUUAAUAUUGUAGAUUUCUUAUGUUGAGCCUGCUCUGGGUUUCUUUACUGAUGUGCCAUGAAUGUGCUGACGGACUGAAAAUGGACAAGGUAAAUCGUUUUUUGAGUGUGUGAUGAGGGUUUGUGAAGCUUUCACAGACGUGAAUUAAACGCUUUGAUUUGAGUCGGGCUUAAUGUGUUUUCAUCAAUGAAGUUGAUAUUCUGAAAUUAGUUCAGUUUAAUUCUUUUCAUUUAAAUAUCGAGAUUCUUUGUAGUGCUGCACUUUUAYUUUUGCUGUCCAGUUGCUUCUAAUGAAACCCCCCACAAGGGGGCGUAUUAUUUCCUAAGUUGUGAAGCAAAUGGAUGCUUUGUGGCUGCUUUGACGUUUACCCGUCUUGUUAAUUUCCAGGCAGAUGAUUUCUCCUUUUUUCCUUUUAAAUAGUAGACGUUGCUGUUAUUUGAUUUUAGUGAUUGCUGUAAUGYAUUUCAUUCCUCUUCACCUCCCGAUUCGGUUUGUGCUCAGACAAGCUGGUUUGCCGUCUUCUGCU